AAGUCUUGUGGAGUAAAAACUGGGUUUCACACACUUCACUUGCCUCUCAAUACCCGGGAAAACAAAAUGUCGGUUUCACUUGCUACUUUUCCCGGAAAGUUACAAAGUCAUUCCCUUUUCAGGUUGUGAAGUCACAUUAACAUAAGAGAAGAAGCAAAAAGGCUUGGAGCUUUAUUUUUUGCUUUUUUUUUUCUUUCUUCUAGAAAACAUGAUCUUGAGUUUCCGAGUAAGAUUCUUUUAAAAAGAGUUUGCAAAGAACGAGAAAAAUGAUGGCUCUGAUGAAUUGUGCAUAUUCAUCUUCUUCUUCGUCUUCGUCUACUUCCUCUCCCACUUCUUCAUCAUCUUCUUCUUCAUAUUCUCCAAGGAACAGAGAGAGCAUGUUUUUGCAGAGUGUAGUUGAUGCGUCACCUUCAAGUUUCUCUUCCGACAGAAAAUCUAUUUUACCAAUUGAGAAGACUUUAAUAAGACAUCAGAAUUCCAGUCUCUGCUUGAUCCCAAAGUCUUCAGAAGAAUUGAAGAAGGAGAUUGCAUCAAUUGAGAUAGAGAUUCUACACAUGGAACGAUAUCUCUUAUCUCUUUACAGAAAAUCAUUUGAGCAACAACUUCCUAAUUCCUUCUCUAAUCUCUCUGUUACUACUACCUUACCUCGUUCUGUGACUACUUCACCAACAUCACUAACUCAUUAUCAAGCUUACCAAAAACCAAUCUCAUAUCCUCGGAGUUUCAACACUAGUUUAAAAGCCUUAUCUUCAAGGGAAGGGACUAGAGUAGUUUCUGGUACUCACAGUCUUGGAGAGCUUUUAGGAUCAUCUCAUAUAGUUGAUCAUAACAACUUCAUAAACCCGAAUAAACUCUCUGAAGAUAUCAUGAGAUGCAUUUCUUCUGUGUAUUGUACACUUUCAAGAGGAUCAACGAGUACCACUUCCACUUGUUUUCCUGCUUCUCCGGUUUCCUCCAAUGCCUCAACCAUUUUCUCUUCCAAAUUUAAUUAUGAAGAUAAAUGGAGCUUGAAUGGCGCAAGUGAGGAUCAUUUUCUGAAUCACUGUCAAGAUCAAGACAAUGUUUUGCCUUGUGGUGUUGUUGUCAUAGAGGCUCUUAGAGUACAUUUAGACGAUGGUAGUUUCGGUUACGCUGCUCUUAUGCUUCAAAACUUCAGAUCACUGGUUCAAAAUCUUGAGAAAGUUGAUCCGAGUAGAAUGAAACGCGAAGAGAAGCUCGCGUUUUGGAUAAACAUUCACAAUGCUCUUGUGAUGCAUGCUUACUUAGCUUAUGGAACUCACAACCGCGCAAGAAACACAUCGGUUUUGAAGGCAGCUUAUGAUAUUGGAGGCUAUAGAAUAAACCCUUAUAUCAUCCAAAGCUCAAUCUUAGGAAUCAGACCUCAUUACACAUCACCAUCACCUUUACUCCAAACUCUGUUUUCCCCUUCAAGAAAGUCGAAAACUUGCAGUGUUAGACACAUUUACGCAUUGGAAUACCCCGAGGCUUUAGCUCAUUUCGCUAUUUCUUCAGGGGCAUUCACUGAUCCUACAGUAACAACUAUAAACCAUUUCAACUCUAAAUGAUUUCAGUUAUACUCCUAGAUUGGAAUUAACUGUAUAACAUUAUUGGUUAGGUUCGAGUUUACACCGCGGAUAGAAUCUUCCGGGAUCUAAGACAAGCGAAACAAGAGUAUAUCAGAAGUAAUGUUCGUGUUUACAAAGGGACAAAGAUUUUGUUGCCAAAGAUCUUUCAACAUUAUGUUAAAGACAUGUCAAUGGAUGUGUCUAAGCUCAUGGAAGCAACAUCUCAAUGUUUACCAGAAGAUGCAAGGAAAAUUGCUGAGAAAUGUUUGAAAGAGAAGAAGAGUAAGAAUUUUGAAUGGUUACCGGAAAAUUUGAGCUUCCGGUAUGUUAUCGCCGGAGAAUUGGUCGGAGCAAGAAAUAAGACGUGAAGGGUUUAUUCAAGAAAAGUGUUUUUUUUUUGCCUCCUGAUGUGAUUAAAUAAUCUGAUUACAAUUAGUGUUCAAUUUCAUUUUUUUUUUCAAGUGAGAAAUUGUAAAACCAGUGUUUGUUUGUAUAAUCUUAAUAAACCGAGAACUACUAAAUACUAAUUAAGGUUUUAAACCGUGUAACGAAAAUAACUGGGAGUAAAC